AUGGCCGAUUCCUACGCAACCAAGGAGCAGGAAAUCCCCGUCCAGGACGACACUCAAGACGUUGAAGACCUCAUGGAUGAGAACUUCGCCGAUACCGACCAGCAACUGGAAAUGGACGAAAAGGAGGCCAUCAGUCGCUCAAACAUCAUAGGUGGUGACCGUACUCGUCACGCAAAGCCCCAGACAUCGAAUGGAUACAACGAAGGUCCCUCUGAGGAAGAGUUGCCGUAG